GAACAAAUUUACUGGUAAAAUUCCAUCUUCACUUGGAAAUCUUUUGAAUCUCACUGAACUUAUCCUUUGUGCUAACAACUUUGUUGGUGAAAUUCCAUCUUCAUUUGAAAACCUUUCACAUCUCACCUUUCUUUCCCUCUGCGAGAACAAAUUUUCCGGUGAAUUUCCAUCUUCAUUUGGAAACCUUUCACGUCUCACUGUUCUCGACCUCUCACAAAACAAUUUCGUUGGUGAAAUCUCAUCUUAUUUUGGCAGUUCGAAUAAUCUCACUGACAUAGAUGUUGGAAACAACAUCCUUCAUG